AUGAUCGAUAGUGGUUUUGAAAGUGAUCGUAGUAUGGAUCGUAGUAAUUCGAUUGAUAAUAACUCUAAACUAUCAUCAUCAUCGUCAGUAUCCUCUCUAUCAAAAAUUCCUCCGUUAUCAACGUUUUAUUCGUCUAAUGAACAAUUACAAAACCGUGUUGAUUCACUUUUACAAGAAAAUCAUGUUUUAAAAAUUGAAUUAGACAUGUAUAAAUUACGUUUGAAAUCUACUCUGUCUAAUAUUGAAAAUUUAAAAAAAUCAACAUUCAUAAAACAUUUGGAAUCUGAACAAGAGGAAGAAUAUCGUAGUAAUAUAUUGUUUAAACAAAUCAAUGAAUUAAAUUUAGAUAUACAGAAUGAAAAACAACAACAACAAAAUACGUCGAUGAUCACCAGUGACAAAGGUCAAAAUCAACAACUACGAGAAGAUGAUGUUAAAAAAUUAUUAAAACAAGAACAAGAAGAAUUAGUAGUGAAAUUAAGUAGUAAAAUUAAAUAUUUAGAAGCUGAUAUGAAACAAAAACAACAACAAUUAGAUUAUUUACAACAUGACAAAUGUAAUUUAGAAAAUAAACUGGAACAAAAUGAAGAAAAAUUAGUGAAUAAAUUAAUUAAACAAUUAAAUAAACUUGAAAUUGAAAAACAUUUAUUACAAGAUAAAUUAAAUGAAAAAUAUGGCGAACCAACAACGAUGUCAUGUUCGUCAUGUUCAUCAUUAAUAGUCGAUGAUAGUGUACCAGUGCCUCUAAUAACAAAACGAAAAGAUAAUCAAAGACGAUUAAAACUGGAAAAAUUUUUGAAUAAAACAAAAAUCAUUCAACAAGAACCACAGGACACCAAAGAAAAACAAAGAGAAGAUUCUGUUGACAAUGGAAAUGCUGAUGAAUUAGAGUCUGAAGUUGAACGCUUAAAAACCGAAAUAACUGAUUUAUUACAAAUACAUCGUAAACAUUUAGAAAUUCAUGCUAAACAAGAAUGUGAAAUGCGUGCAGAAAAUAUGUUGCUGUCUCGUCGUUUACAAUAUGAAACUGAUCGUCGUCAAUCAAUGUAUCAUUCAUUGUCAGAAAGUGAAGCAUCAUUGGAAAUAAAUGAUGAACAUUUUAUUAAUACACAAGAUCAUCGAAAAAAUUCUCUAAAUAGUUUAUAUCAUCAACAACAACCUUAUCGAAAUCGCACCGUAUCAAGUCCCAUAAGUGAUUGUAGUACUGCAGCUGUGACAAUGGAACGUUCAUCAUCAUGGCAACGAGGAGUGACGAAUUCAAACGAUAGACGUCAGAGUCUUAUACAACCGUUACAUAAUGCCAUGGACUCGAAUGGAUCGAUUCAUUCAUUGAAAAAGUAG